CCCGGGGCUGCGCGGCCGCUUCGGCGCUCCUCUCUGGCCUGGGGUGGGCGCCGCGAUCGCGUCCGGCUUCUUCCGGGCGCCUUUGGGCCCCUUUCUCCGCGUGUUGUGCGUGGGAGCUGCUCUCAAGCGGCUUCUGGGAGCCGGUGGCCGGUGGGGGUGAUUUCUUGGAUAAAGGAGACCCCCAGGCAGCAGACCCGGAACCGGACUUGAGGGCAAUGACUGGGGCAGGACACAUCUGCCCAAGGCCAAGGCCAGACGUGGGAAGUGCAACUGAUCUGGGUGCCCCAGAAUGAACCACAGCCCCGAGAAGGGGAAGUAGACACCUCGCUGGCUCUGCUAUGGCUUGUGAACCGCAGAUGGACCCAGGUGGGGCGGCCGGCCCCUUGUCUACCUCCUCCCCGGGUUGGAACGCCCUGCCUGUGAGGAGCCCUCCUGGCUGGGGGCAAGAGCUCUGCAAUGGCCAGGUCCUCACGGUUCUCCGGAUUGACAAUACCUGUGCGCCCAUCUCCUUCGAUCUGGGAGCUGCAGAAGAGCAGCUACAGACCUGGGGUAUUCAGGUCCCAGCGGACCAGUACCGAAGCUUGGCUGAGAGCGCGCUCUUGGAGCCCCAAGUGAGAAGAUACAUUAUCUACAACUCGAGGCCUAUGCGGCUGGCGUUUGCUGUGGUUUUCUACGUGGUGGUGUGGGCCAACAUCUACUCUACCAGCCAGAUAUUCGCCCUGGGGAACCACUGGGUGGGCGUGUUGCUCGUGACCCUGGCCGCGGUGAGCCUGACCCUGACUCUAAUGCUCAUCUUCGAAAGACAUCAGAGGAAGGCCAACACCAACACAGACCUAAGGCUGGCAGCUGCCAACGGAGCCCUCCAGAGACACCGGGUGCUGUUGGGAGUGACAGACACUGUGGAAGGCUGCCAGAGCGUGAUUCAGCUCUGGUUUGUCUACUUUGACCUGGAGAACUGUGUGCAGUUUCUGUCUGAUCACGUUCAAGAAAUGAAGACAAAUCAAGAGUCCUUGCUGAGAAGCAGAUUGAGCCAGCUCUGUGUUGUCAUGGAGACUGGGGUGAGCCCCACGACAAUGGCGGAGGGGCCUGAGAACCUGCUGGAGGAAGCUCCUCUCCUGCCCAGCAGUCCUCAUCCCACAGAGAGACCACUCACGCAGACUGAGCUUUACCAGCUCGUUCCUGACGCUGAGCCGGAGGAAAUGGCCCAGCAGCUACUGGCAGUGUUUGGUGGUUACUACAUCCGGCUCCUGGUGACCUCCCAGCUCCCCCAUGUAGUGGGGACACGACACACGGACUCUCCGAGGGUUCCAUGCCCCUGCCAGCUCAUAGAAGCCCACAUCCUGGGCACAGGGUGCUGCCCAUUCCUGGCCAGGUGACCUCGGGGCGAAGGUACUCAUCUUCUUCCCAGACUGAAGGUGAGAAGUCAAGGAGGCCUCGGGAGUCCAAGAUGUCUGACGGCGAGCCCUAGGUGAGGAGAGAAGCAUCUGAAGGGUGUCAGUCGUGUCAGCAACAGGGUGUUGUGCUCACUUCAGGACCCUGCACAAAAAUGGCCUGUCGACAUCCCAUGCUGACCUCACGCCUUUUCAGAAGCGGGUGGUUGCCGAGCCGGUGCCACUCCAAACUACUCUCCAUGCUGCUGAGAACCUGGAUGGAAGGGCCACGCUCCCAUUCCUUUCAUUGUCCGGACAGCCCAGAAAAUGUGAAGAUGACCGACUGGGCCAAAUGUAUCUAUCCAUAGUUUGGUCCCAGAUGAUGCUCCCAUCUCCAAGCCCUUCAUGUCAGAUGGGGAAACGGAGGCUCUUUGUGGCAUUGCCCUGGGCCUCUAAAAUUAUAAGACUGCCUCUUCCUGAUCUGAAGAACAGAAGUGAAUUCCCAGAAUGUUCUCCCCUUUUAAGUUUUUCUUGUCCUAUACGUUAUGAAAAACAGUGCACCUGUGCUUGUUGUCUGCUAGGACACAGGCUUCCAGGAGACCGAGGGAAGAAGCAAAUGGCGCAUAACUAACCAUUCACAGGACUAUUUGGAAAAGACCCAUCCUGUCUGAUUUGAGGACUUAUUUUGUUCAAAGGUCUGUGUGCUUGUGGUUGUGGUUGUGGUUUUAUACUGCAGAUGUAAAGCAACAGGCCUGAUUCCUGACACUAACUCUGUCCUGGAAUGUGGCAUCAUCUGUCACUUGUGGAGUUCCAGUGAAGAGCUCAGAGGCUUCCAGGUUCUCUGCUCCUGAAUAAGUUUGAAGACCCAUAGGCCCAAAUAAAAAAAUUUGCCUAGCAUUUGAAGGCUUCCCAGUCCCCAAGAUCUGGGCUUCAUUUGCAAUUUUGACUUCAUCACCCACAAAACUCCUUCAUAAGUUGAAACUAUUUCCUGGACUGACAUACCUAUUUUUUUCUAUCUGUUGGACUCCUAUGCAUGCUUCAAAGCCCAGCUUUCCUUACCCCCUCCUUCAAGAAGCUUUUCAGCAUAGACAGCUCUGCUCCUCUCUGCCUCCUUUAAAUUCUUGAUGUAGCUGCUACCUUUACUGAUGUUUUGGUAUUGAUUCUUUUUUCCUGUGCACAUGCCUGUUUUUCUAGGUAGACUAUAAGCUCCUCAAGGGCAGAGACUGUAUUUGAUACUUUUGUGCAUGACCUGGUCCUGCUAAGGAAGAAAAAAAUCCUGUGGAUUAAUUGCUUUGUCUUCUCCAUAGUAGCUGAAGGAUGAGAUUGGCACAGACCUGGCUUCUGGCCCUGAACUGCCACAUCUAGCUGUGUGACUUUUCGCUGGUCCUCAGUUUAUCCAUCUAUAUAAAGGGUAGAUUGGGUGGUUCUUAAUGGCUUUUCCAAAGCCCAAAUUCUGGGAAUUUCUAGGUUUUUUUUUUACUCCGUUGGCCUGUCUGUCUGUUAUGUCUUUAUAUGUAGAAAGGUUCUUUAGCCCCACACGGCUGAAAUGGCCCAGACCUGAUGCUUCUUUGGACAGAACACUGGCCUAGUAGCAGGAGAGCUGGAAUCUCAUCCCAGAUCUGCUUCUUCCUAGCAGCGUGAUCUUGGCUAGGUCAUGCAACCUUUCUGAGUGUCAGUUCACUCCUUUAUAAAUGGAUCUGGUGAACAUGAAAUGUAAUAAUGUGGCUGACCUGCUGUGUAAGAGAUGAGUCUGACUGACUUUCUCUGGGCCAGAGAAGAAAAAUCGAGUGUAGGCCAGCCCUUGGAAAUGGCUGUUUUCGGCAUUUCUCUUUGGCCAACUCUUGAGGGCAGCUUGGCAACGAGAAUUAUUCGUGAAGAUAGUUACUGUCUUUGUCACCUGCCACAGAGGAAAUAUGGGCUGUGAAUGUGAUCAGUAGGAGCCCAUAGUUACCCUCCAAACAUAAAACUAUAAGUAUAAUAACCGAGAAUAAAAAUGUGCGUGUUAAUGACAAAACAGCAGUUUUUCCAUUUUAGGGCUUAGUUACAGAAUGCAACCCUUGCUGUGUUCUUUCCUGCUUUUCCUCUCUUCAGUUUCUGAUGGUCUCACUUGCUGGGCGGGGCAUUCAGCUUUGCCCACGUGGUACAUGUUCUUUGCAUUUGCACCUCAGCUUUCUCAUUUAGAAAAUUCUGUGAUCUCGGUCUUGCCUGCUUCACAGGGUUGCUGUGCAGACCGGAUUCCACAAAUGAACAAGCAAGCACCCCAAGUUUUAAGGCUCUGUGUUACUGCCAGCCAUAGCAGUGGUGAAGGUGGUGCAGUGUCGUGAAGGGGGAGCAAAGGGAGUAUGUAGCUCAGAACUGGGAUUCCAGUCACAUUGAUUCGAAUCCUAGUUUUGCCUCUCAGGAGCAGCGAGCGUCCUUCCCAUCCUUCGGUCUCACUCCCCAUUGUGGAAUGGGAGUGAGAGAACCUACCUGGCAGGUUAUUGUGAAGAUUGAAGGAUAUCAAAAAUGUGAAGUGCUUGCAAUUUUGAGUUGCAAGCUUGAGUAAGAUCUCAAUAAAUUGUUGCUAUUUAAAAAAAUAAAAAAGCCUCUUACUAUGUCUUGUAUACUGUUGAUGCCCCUGUGUAUUUUUGUUUAG